CGAGCGCUGGUUGACCCGUUGCCAUCCUCUGGGCAGAAGCGACCAAAGGAGCAGCAAUAGAACUCGUUAUAGUGUCUAUCAACCCCCCUUCUAAAGAAGUCUCCUUUCCAUCUUCCGUUUCGGAUUUGGAGGGGGCGAAGGUCGAGGAUACGGGCGGGGGGGGGGGGGUUUAAUUCGCAGCUUCCAGGCCCCGUCGCCGUCCUUAAUUUCUUCGGAUUCACCCGUUUCUGCGGCUGCGCGGCGGCGGGGGCGGCGGAGGGCGCGCAGCCGAGGGCUUUCUGAUCUGAAGUGGGACGGAUGGAGGACAGCAAGACGUCGAAUUGGGGGAUGCUUCGCGCCGUGCUCUCCAUCCUCCAGUGGUGGGCGUUCAAUGUCACGGUCAUCAUCAUGAACAAGUGGAUCUUUCAGAAUCUGGACUUCAAGUUUCCUCUGACAGUAUCAUGUAUCCAUUUCAUAUGCUCUGCUGUUGGAGCAUAUAUUGUUAUCAAGUUGCUUAAGCUCAAACCAUUAAUUGAGGUUGAUCCUGAAGAUCGCUGGCGGAGAAUAUUUCCCAUGUCAUUUGUCUUUUGCAUUAAUAUUGUAUUGGGGAAUGUAAGCUUGAGGUAUAUUCCAGUCUCAUUCAUGCAGACAAUAAAAUCCUUCACUCCUGCAACAACAGUCAUUCUGCAGUGGUUGGUAUGGAGAAAAGUUUUUGAGUGGCGUAUAUGGGCUUCAUUGGUGCCCAUCGUUGGGGGUAUACUUUUAACCUCUUUAUCCGAACUUAGUUUUGAUAUAUCUGGAUUCUGUGCUGCAUUAUUUGGUUGUCUCGCUACGUCAACAAAGACAAUUUUAGCAGAGUCACUGCUUCAUGGAUAUAAAUUUGACAGCAUAAACACGGUGUACUAUAUGGCACCUUUUGCAACUAUGAUACUAUCUGUACCGGCAAUCCUCCUCGAAGGAGCUGGAGUAUUCAACUGGUUUUACACUCAUGAAUCUGUUUCUUCGGCAAUGUUCAUUAUUUUUGGCUCUGGGGUUUCAGCCUUCUGUCUCAACUUCUCAAUCUUCUACGUCAUACAUUCAACUACAGCGGUUACCUUCAAUGUUGCAGGCAAUCUAAAAGUUGCUGUUGCCGUAUUAGUUUCAUGGCUAAUUUUCAGAAAUCCAAUCUCUGUCAUGAAUGCUUUUGGAUGUGCAGUGACCCUGUUGGGCUGCACCUUCUAUGGAUAUGUCAGGCAUAAACUCUCUCAACAGACUGUUGUUCCUGGAACACCUCGGACUCCUCGCACCCCUCGAAGCCUAAUGGAGCUUCUCCCCCUUGUAAGCGAUAAGCAGGAUAAGAUUUAGAGGUUUAUGUAUUGAUGACUGUAUUUCUGAUAGUUUUGACUACCAAGAACACGUUUAAGAUGUGGGUGCUUGUACACUUUCACAAAUCUCACUAUUUCGGGUUUGAGUUACAGGAGGCAGUAUUCUUUAAA